GCCUGGAUGUGUGGGGGUCGGUUGGAAAUAAUCCCCUGUUCGCAUGUCGGACACUUGUACAGGCCGCGUUUUCCAUACACAUUUGGUAAAACGCAGUAUGUGCUUCAAAAAAACUGUCUCCGGGUAGCAGAGGUGUGGAUGGAUCAAUAUAAAGUCUUUUUUCACAACAGGAUUUCCGCUGCAAUG